AUGUCCUCGUUAACAGCCGCAUCCACCCUUACUCGCCGAGCUCGCUGUGCUCAGGCUACACCAAGCUCGGUUGGAGCUGUCCUCAACCUCCACCAGCAACAAACACGCAGCUUCAGGUUCAGCCGAACAUGGAUCGUCCACAUCGACGCUGACCAUGACCGAGAUAUAUGCCGCCGCCACCGCUUCGCUCGCCAGAGAUAUGCAGACAUACUCCAUCGGCAUCUUUCCUGGGACAAGAACAGCUUCAGCAGGCCAUCAAACCCAUCCAAGUCCUCACCCUACGAUUACUGGCGCACCGAUCAAUCGCCGAGUCUUUCCAGGAACAGAUGGGCCAGCAGCAAUAUCCCCAACAAGACCCCCGGGAACCCCACUGGCAUCCGGCCUGGCCAAAACAUUGAGGAUGCUGAGAGGGCGCCACUGGAGCACUUGCUUUUCGGCAAGCAGGAGCGGCGGGCCAAAGUCACAGCGCUUGAUCCGGCAGACGUCACCAAAACCUUCAAGUCGUAUCGUUCCCAGUUCGCGGGAUUUCAGCCCCCACCACUCGGUGUUGCACAGGAGCCGAUAUUCUACGACGGCCCGCCACCCGAGGCGGAGUUGAAACUCUACGGCAAGGUCAAGAUCGAUUCAGAACCUUGGGCCGCUGUCCCGAGAAAGCCAGCUCCAGCUCCGCGUAGCCAGUCUGUUCCAGAUGUCGUCAAUGCUCUUAACGAUAAGCAUGCGGAGGUCUUGUGGAACGAAAGCAACAUCACUGGAUCGGGACAAGGUCUUAACACAUCCGAGUAUAACGACCUGGACAAGUAUACACCCGUUGUCGAUCCAGCCUCAGACCCAGUUCAGGAUCAACCCGAGGAGUACAAAGAUCUCGGCAGAUACGUUCCAAUCAAGCAUCAGGAACCGGAUGGAAAGCCCAGGGGCCAAGAAGAGUCUACCGAGUACGAAGACCUCGACAAAUACGGGCCUGUGCGCUCUCAUGAGCCGGAUGGAAAGUACAAGAUCGAUCCAGACUCAGAACCUGCACCAGAGGACCUUGGGAAGUAUGAGGAUGGCGUCAGCUCGCACGAACCUGACGGAAAGUACAAACCCAUACAGCAGGCUUCCGUGAGUUCAGAGAAGUUGGACAAAUACGACGCGGCCGUUCGUGCACAUGAACCGGACGGGAGAUACGCCCCUGUCUUGGCCGAACCCAACCUCGACCCCGCUGAGAUUGCAGAGUACAGCAAGCCAUUUUUGAGCCAUGAACCCGAUGGAAAGUAUGCAGAAGCCUAUGUUCGACCGUCGCAAGAUGAAGCUGAACUCGCACGAUACGAGGCUUUCCGCAGUCACGAGCCGGAUGGAAAAUAUGCGCCCGAACAGUAUCAGGCUGGUUACGAUCCUGUCGAGCUCAAGACAUAUAUCCCUUUCCGCAGUCAUGAGCCCGAUGGCAAGUACGCGGCAUCCCACGUCGCGCCCACACGGGAUCCAGCGGAGUUGAAGAGCUACAGAGCCUUCCGGAGCCAUGAGCCUGAUGGGAAGUAUGCGGCAUCUGAGGCCGAAUCUGACUCCGAACCAGUGGAACUGGACAGUUACAAGGCAGUACGAAGUUGCGAGCCUGACGGCAAAUACGCCGCAAACAUCAACGCCUCAAUCACAGAGCCAACUGAUCUGGACGAGUAUCAAGGGGGGUUUCGCAGCAAUGAGCCAGACGGCAAGUAUGCGCCCUCGGCAGAAGACUUGAACGAGGGCCCCGACUUGGGCAAUCACGAAGCGUUUACACUGGAGGACUCCGAGACGAGUCGCACCGCUCAACGGCAGAAAGCCAUACCCGCAGCCAAGAAUGAGGCCGAGAUCACCACUGAGUUCCGAAAGGUCGUUCAGGAGUUGAUGGCCAAUCCAACCGCCGAAUCCGCUCUCGCCUCACAGAGGUCAUCGAGCCACCAAUCUUCGGAUGGCAAAGAGACGCCCAAACCCAAAAAGUCUAAACGACUCACUGGCCAGGAAAAAUUAACUGGUGCCUUUCACAAGUCAUCUACCCGUCAGGAACAGACUAGAACAGAGACAACUCCCGCCAACUUCUCAGAACCAGUACUCUACAAGAUUUUGGCCUAUGACCCCGUGAUGCAGGCAAUAGAUGUUGCCGAGACCACGUCUGUCGUGCCAGACAGCGCCACACCCUUGAGCCCAGCCGAGGUUCUUCUUCGGAUCUCCAACCCCGCCCGCUUCUUCCCUCAUUUUGCCCCUCUCCAAGCCCAGGGCUUCGAGAUCGUUUCCGGCAGCGGCGAUGUCCUCAUCUUCCGCAAGGUUCGUGAGCCAGUCGUCGCCAAGGAGGAACAGGUCGCUUCUACCAAGACGGUCCCAGCUUCAUCGCCCACUUCACCUGUCAACCCCAUCGACAUGACUGGCGGUGGCCUUGUCCCGGAGUACAAUGUCGCGGCCGGCCGGUUUGCUAGUCCCACUGGCUUCGUCAACUACGACUUGCCUUCGGAGAAGACGAUCGGCCGCUAUGUUCCGCAGGGUGAGACUUUCUUUAGCCCGGGUCAGAGAGCAGAGGAUAUGCAUGAGAGGCACUCGGCGUGGGAGGAGAAGCAGAAGAAGGAGAAGAAGAAAGGGAGUCUUCUCAAGCGUCUUGCUGUUAGCGCGGCCGGGGUUGCGGGUGUUUCGUUUGGUGUUGCUGUGCUAGCUGAGGGGAUGAAGAAUGAGGGGAAGGGGGUGAAGGUGGUUAAGAAGAACUGA